AUGAGCGCACAGCAGCCACACACCUCGGGUUUUCCCGUUUCGGAAAGCAACUCCACCAUCCCCAACCACCAGUACAACAGUCCCGCUAAUAUUGCCGCGCGCACAUAUGAGAACUGGUACUAUUAUCUUGACGUCCACCGAUACUUUUCCGGCGAGUGGGAAAGGGACGAGUCGAUCGUGCGGGAGAGCCCACCUCCUAGUCAAGUCAGGACUUACGCACCCAUUCACAUGACGGACGUCUGCCGGUUUACACCUUACGAACACAAGUUUAUCGUACGCGUUCUUGCCUAUGUCCGCGGCUUGGGAAUCGAGCUAAAAAGUUCUGAUAAUUUUUUUGAGGUGCUGUACGCAGCCUUCAGUCCGCAUUGGGCCAUUAUGGCCAACCGCCCAGCAUCGUCUUGGGCCGGCUACGUCAACAGCGUCAGGGGUUAUGACGAAAUGCUUGCAGAGGUGGAGAACUGCCUGAUCGAGGAUGUAGAUGGAAGCCUCAGGACUGCUGCCGAGCGCGAUGCCGGAGUUGACAUGGCGAAGGUUUUCCGACGAACGCCUGGGUUAACAGGCGACGUCGAUCUUAGUGGAUUCGCCUCGUCGGUCGAGGGAACACCGCUUCCUUAA